CUCUCUCCCUCAUUAGGCUUUUUUACCGGCAAUACACGCAAGCACGUAACUCACGCUCCCUUUUCUUUUUGCCAUACCGGAGGAAUAAACGCUGUGGACUGACUUUGCAACAUAGACCCUGCUCUCCUCCAGUCCUCUUCACUGCAUGUGAUUCUAAAAAGCCCCCGAGGUUUGUGCUGAGUGUCCAGGACAAGCCAGGAGUCCUCCCAGACAGCAGGGGGCAGUGGCAGACAUGCAGGAGCCAAUCUUGGAUGGCAAGAUGGCAAAACAGGAGCAGAAUUCCAAGCCUCUGGAUGAGCAGAGAGAAAACGAUGACACAUCUGAGAAGACGUCCUCGAAUAAAAACCUCAAAUCACCACAGAAAGGCUCCAAAAGACAUAAAACGACACAGUUUAAAGUCGGGCUGCUGGAUAUGUCAGAUUACAAAGGAGAAAUCGAGAAACACUCGAAAGGACAAACGCUGAUCGACAUGGUGUGUGAGCACCUGAACCUGUUGGAGAAGGACUACUUUGGGUUAACCUUUGCAGACACAGACACCCAAAAGAACUGGUUGGACCCCUCCAAGGAGAUCAAGAAACAGAUGCGCAACGCGGCGUGGCACUUUGCCUUCGUUGUCAAGUUCUACCCUCCGGACCCCUCCCAACUCACGGAGGAUAUUACCAGAUACUACCUGUGUCUGCAGCUGAGGGAUGACAUGAUGUCAGGUCGGCUGCCGUGCUCGUUUGUCACCCACGCCCUCCUGGGCUCCUACACGGUCCAAGCUGAGCUCGGCGACUAUGAUCACGACGAGCAUGCGUCGGAUUAUGUCAGCGAUUUCCGUUUCGCUCCCAAUCAGACUCGGGAGCUGGAGGAGAGAGUGAUGGAGCUCCAUCGAAACUACAAGGGUAUGACUCCAGCGGAAGCCGAAAUUAACUUUUUGGAGAAUGCAAAGAAACUGUCCAUGUACGGGGUGGACCUGCACAACGCCAAGGAUUCCGAGGGGAUCGACAUCAUGUUGGGGGUCUGCGCCAACGGCCUCCUAGUGUACCGCGACAGGUUGAGGAUCAACCGAUUCGCUUGGCCAAAGAUCCUUAAGAUCUCCUAUAAGAGGAGCAACUUUUAUAUUAAGAUCAGGCCCGGAGAGUACGAGCAGUUUGAGAGCACGAUUGGCUUUAAACUUCCGAACCACAGAGCCGCCAAAAGGUUGUGGAAAGUCUGCAUUGAGCAUCACACCUUCUUCCGGUUGGUUUCUCCGGAGCCUCCCCCCAAGGGCUUCCUGGUGAUGGGCUCAAAGUUUCGGUACAGUGGAAGAACACAGGCUCAAAGCAGACAGGCCAGCGCUCUCAUAGACCGACCCGCCCCUCACUUUGAGCGGUCCACUAGCAAGAGGCUCUUGCUCUCCAGAAGUUUGGAUGGAGCAGAGUUCUCCCGGCCGGUGUCGACCACGUGCGAGAAUCACGACGGCCUCUUCCGUCGCGCCGUCAUGGAGCAGCGUGUUCUCCGCAGCCCCUCUGUGGACGAGCAGGAAACUGAGCCGGAGCCCAGUUUGGAACAGGACGAGGACGAUCCGGACCAGGAGGACACGGAAAGAGACGACGACCAGGACGGAAACGUCACGCCAAGCAAGAAGAAAGAAAUCAGGGAGGAGGCCGGGUCACCGGUUGACAGUAAACAGGAGCAGUUGGAGGAGGACGCCACCCCGCAGCACAAACAGGAUGUACAGUUUCUGGAUAAGUCGCAGGAUGUGCUGCUGAAGCAUCAGGCCAGCAUCAACGAGCUGAAGAGAGCCCUGAAGGAACCCAACAGCAAGCUGAUGAGCCGUGAGAAGCGUCUGUCAGCAUCAUCGCCACCCAGCACGCCGGAGAAAAAAGCUUUGGGGGCGCGAGCGGUGGGGAAAGACCCCGUUAGCAGCCACUCUGUUGAGGGCUUCACCCAGAAGACUCUCACCACUUCACCUGAGGGCUCUGAGGAUUGGGUAUUGAUAGAACCCCAAGAAAGUUAUCAUCAAGACCAUGACUGGGAAGUGCAAGAUAAUGACACAUCUCUCACAUCUGAUUCCCCUUUGGACAAAAACAAGCAGGAAAAAGAGAUCACCGUUGCCAAGAUGAUGCAUAUCGAAGUAACAGAGUCUGACAGAAAAGAAAUGAAAGGCCGCAUUGAUGAAUUUCCGGCAGCUGGAUGCUGUGGACCCACUAACAAAGGUCGUUUUCAGAUUCAGCUAUCGGCGAACGCAGACCGCUGUCAAGAGAAAUCUCUCGGCAAACAGUCUGAAGCCUCGAGCGCCAGUUUGGCCCUGGGCUCGCAUCAGAAGAAGGAACAAACAACUUUGGCGCAGAGACCAAAGAGGCCACCUCAGAGCUUAAACCUGCGAAUGCCUCCAGAGCUCAUCCACGAGGAAGGCGCGAGCGAUUCCUCUGGAAAAGAAAAUGAGGACUUUGACUUGGACAGCAAUUCAGACAAAAAUUCAGAAACAGAAACUCACCGGCAAUCAGCAGCGCCGGCGUUGCCCAAAGGUGGCAAAGGGCCAGAAACGAAUCGGCCUUUCGGAGUCGAUGAAGACGUCGGCGUACCGGAGGACAGAGUGGCAGGACAAAGCCAGGACGCUUCCAAACGAAGCUCGAACCGGGUCGGGCCGUCCGAAAUAAACGGACCCGGCAAGCUAGACCACGAAAGUUCAUUCGGCAGCGGAAAGGGGGAGGGUCUCGCGAAAGUCAGAGCAAAGGGCUUUAUUGACAAUAAAGAGUUAGCAGAGGUAAAACUGCGACAGGUCAGGACGCACGAGAGGAAGAUUAGUAGCUCUGGAGGAGAGGAGACCGAGAGUCUCAUUGGAGAGCGACGUCCGAGGGCCGCGCUCCACCGACUGUCAGGCGGCCAUCAGUCCGAAAUCACCAGGAUCGUCCCCCUAAAGCCGGAGCGCUCCAAGAGCAUCGCGUGUCAGGAGGACAGUCACAGGGACAGGGACAGGGCAGGACAAGAUGAACAAACACGCGUCUUGCGAAGAGAAUACCGCUGGUCGGUGGGUUCUCCGGAGGGGUCCUCAGAUCUCACUUGGACUGAGGUCUCCAGCCUCCAUCCGGCAUUCGAAGCCGAUUUGGAGAAAAUCGCCAAACUGGAGCAUCCCGACGACAGUCCUCAUCCCUGCCCGGGGUUCUCCGAAAGUCCCAUGUUUGCGUCAAAGAACGCACCUCUUUCGAAAACGAUUCCUCCAGCCCCGCCGGUAAAAAGCAAGAAGGCCCGGGAAUCGGGACUGAUCCUGCGGAACAGCAGGAAUGCCGUCAGAGAGACGAGCCAGGAAGCGGUCAAGAAGAGACACUCGGAGCCCAUCUCUGCUCCCUUUGUUUAUGAUGAGCCAUUCAUUGAUGCCAAGAAGGAGCUCGGUGACAGGAGGCCGCAGACCAUUGCGGUCCCAGAGGAGGAGCAAGAACAGGACACGCUGGCCUGCAUGAGGGAGAGCCAUCUUGGCAUUGAGCGCAAGUGCUCCAGUAUGACGGUCAGCUCCACAUCCAGCCUUGAGGCUGAAGUCGACUUCACUGUCAUAACAGACCUCCACUCCUGCAUGGAGGACAUUGUCACCAAAGGCGGCUCCUACCCGGGAGAGAAGGAGCGACAGCCCGAGGUGGGCCGGGAGGACUUUGAGGAAACGUCAAGGUUCUACUCUGCGCGUCUUAUGGGCCAAGUGGACAAAUGGCCCAUAGAGGAGGAACUUCCAGAGGAGGGACUGUAUUGCGAGCCCCCGGUGGCGAAAAGAGAGCCCAGUGCUGUGUCUUUGGCCCAGAAGUUAAAGAGGGCCGACUCCAAGACAGAGUCUCACACAAACGGUUCCGAAGUUCAAGCGACCGUCACGCCUGUCUCACCCCAGAGAUUUUCCUUCAGCCGAGAUACUCCGGCGAGCGUGAAAGAAAACGGAUCGCCGGUCAAAGCCUGCACGAAAGAUCACGAGUCCACUGGAUCGCCACUGUUCCUCGCCGCAGAAAGCGUCACCACUGCGACCACAACGCAUGUUACCAAGACGGUCAAAGGAGGCUACUCAGAGACCAGAAUUGAGAAACGAAUCAUCAUCACGGGAGAUGACGACGUGGACCAACACCAGGCCCUCGCGAUGGCCAUACAAGAGGCCAAGCAGCAGCACCCCGACAUGCUUGUGACCAAAGCGGUGGUGAUCAGGGAAACGGAGUCUCCCACCGAGGACCCACAGCAGAAGUCCUGAUUGGCCAAAGUGGCUCCAGAGGGGGGAGGACACAUGCGGACCCGCCCCUGGUGGGAAGUGGACCAUGUCGUCCUCCCUUGAGAACAGACUGUCAAGCAGUUGGAACCAAUCCCCCUUGUCCUUUGAGACAAACCUGCCGUGACCCGCCCUCUGACCCCAUCCAGACUCCAGUUUCUGCGGGCAGUGCAAGGAAGGAUCACCUGCUUGAGGAUGAUUUGGUUUGACCCAAUCAUUUGGGGUCACCGUUUCCUUGUUUGGAUCUCAUCAAUGGUAUUUAAUUUUCAUGGCACGCACUACGGCCACAUUGCCAUCUAUUUCCAAAUGAUUCGCUUCUAUACGACGAUACAUGAGGAUCCCGUACAUGCGGCCAAUGCUUACCUGUAGGGACUCGAACCCGGUGUUGCGAUAUAAGUAAAUAUGUACAUUAUCAGAUUAUUCUAGGCUGCAUGAUUCAAAUGCCAAAAAAAAAACAGCAGAGGCGAUUCUAAAACAAGCGAUGAUACAAAUGGCCUUGUGUUAAAACGGAACGUUGAUCAGUCCGCUAAGCAGCGAAGGCAAGGCGGGACCGAGCGAUUAGUGGCGAAAUGUCAAAAGAUCUUUGGGCCAGCGGACGGCGGAGACAUUUGGAUGAUGAUGAUGGACGAGGAAGAGAGACGUUCGGGUUUGCAAUCAAAGCCCUUUCCUGCCAUCGCCAUCAAUGCUUUGUUGAAAUUGCUCUUUUUUGGGUGUGGGAUUUUUACAGCCAAUUUAUUACAAAUGUAUGUUUCGGAGGGUUUAUGCUAUUGUUUUUUUUUUUUUGUGUGUGUGUAUGUGUAUAUUUGUUUUUUAACUCUUCUACUUGCAACGUAAAUGCUGUCUUAGGUUUACACGAUCCAUUAUCGGAGAAAUGUCAUUCUUGUCAUCUUGGGCGUUUUCAGGCUUUUGGUUGUAAAAAUGCUGAAAUGUCACUCUUGAAGGUCGUGUUCAGUGCCGUAAGUGACAGCAAAUCGUAAAAUGUUACUUUGCCGAAAAUGAAAGUGUUCCCUGGCAUCACAGGAUGUACCGUGCAUGGAACUAGUCACCACACCCCCUGUUCAAUUUGCCGACUCGAGGUGAUGUGACGGAGAAAUGAUUUCAAAACUUUCACCACCAUUCAUGUGACCGAUAACCAGUGAUGGACAACUGAAACUUUGUCAAGCACUCGCGAUCAUUUUUGAAUCCUCUUGAUGGCACUGUUAAUUUAAAGACGGUGGAAAUGUCCACCGACCAAGAGGAGUUAAAGAGAAAAAAUAUCAUAAGUGCUUCAUAAAGCUUCAUUUCCCCUCCAAUCUCUGCAAGAUAAUCAAAUAUUUGUGUUUGUCUUUUUGAGAGGGCAAAUAACAACUGAAAUAAUAUGGUUGCACAAGUGAACGGCUGAUUAGUCGGCUUUUUCUGAUAUUUUUUUUCUUUUGAGCUGAAUCCUGAAGGUUUUGCGCUAGCACUAAGUGCUGUUUUGAACUGUUCCUAAUUCUUUUCACAAUGCCUAAGGCCCCUGUUGCAGUUGAAGAAAAAACAACCCCAGAGCAUGUGCUGCCACCGCAAUGCUUCACUGUCGCUUAAGUGUUGUUUUGGUGAUGAGCAAACAAACCUUUUGAAAUAAUGGCCCAAAAACUCUUCAACCUUGGCAGCCCAACGAAAUCAUGCGGGAAAAUGUAUCCAAUGAAAGCUAAAAUUCCAAAGAUGCCCGACACGAUCUCUAAAAGAACUGAAAGAGUAAAGCACGGUGGCCGCAGCCGCGUUAUCUCCAAACAUCACACCAACCCGACACUUGAACAGGUGGUAUGUAAACUUUUUGUAGUUCGUCGGCAGUUGUUUACGUUAGCAACUUGAGGGCAGCGCAAAGGCCUUUAGACAUAGCGCCGAUAUGCAGUGCUAUAUCCUAGAAUCGCGUGCCGCGGCACAGUGCUGUAUCGUGAGAGGUCGUCAGGAAAAAAAAAAAAUCUCGACUACGAUGUAUGUUCAUCUCUUUGUGUCAGUGACACACAAGGACAGACAGAACAAUUAAAUGCUCCUCCACUAGAUGGCAGAAGAUCCUUGAUAUCUCUUACUAUUUCAGUGUGAAUUCAUUUGAUGAUAUCUUGGUUUUGGUUGUGUGCCAGAAGAUUUUUUUCUCAUGUAAAAUAUGUGCCUUGGCUUGAUAAAGGUUGGGAAACACUGUCCUUGAAGGUAUUGUGGCAUUUUUAGGCCUUAUCAAAUUUGUGGUCUUGUAGGGCACUUCAACAGCCUGUGUCAGAGUGGACUACUAAUGACAAAUGCUAAAAAACAAACAAACAAACAAACAAAAACCUAAAACUGUUUUGCUUUGAUGCUAAUCAUUUGCGUUGGGCUUCAAGUAAAAUUUUGUGUUAGAAGAAAGAUGACGUGAGCGUGAACCAAAACGGAUGAUUGCAAAGCUGAAAGAAAUGAGUUGACUUUUCAGGGUCGAGGAACUAACGAACAAAAUAUUUGUGUUGUUCUGAAUAUCAAACUCAAUCGUCGGUAGUGUAGUCGUUCCAAUAGCAGGCUUCAGCAUCUGCUGUGGGACUGAUCCGACUCAACGCUCCUUUCAAUUCGACUUGUGAUCAAACCAUGCGGGGUACCAUUCCAACGUUUCACUUGCUAACUUCCAGGCCCUCGCAAGACCCGGAAUUGAAGAAAUGAGACAUGAAAUGGAGGGAUGUUUCACGAGGUUUGCAUCACAACUCUUGAUAGGUUUGCAUUGAUUCAUUCAAGCAUAUUUUCGUUCAUUUUUUUUAUUGGAUCCAAUUUCUGUCAACUUCAAAGUCAUGGUUCUGAAGGUAUAGUCAAGGACUUUGGCGUUGUAUUCAUCGCAGUUUUGGUUAUGUGGUCUACGCCCGGCCCCGGUUCAGAAAACUCAUCGUGUCGGCUUACCUUUGAUACUGCACUACUAUGCAUUGCAAUCAUCUACAUCAAUUCUCUGGUUAGAGUCUGAGCCAUGUUAGCUGUUUUACUGUCAAUGUUGAUCUUGUGCUACUUGGUAAGCGAAGCAGUGCGCUGCUAGUGAGAUUUGCAAUAAGCAGCCAUUUUUCUUAGCUGUUUUCCAAAGGGAGAAAACUGUGAACUGUCAUGCAUACUGAAACAUAUAAAAAAGCUAUAGCACACAAUCAGUGACAGACCCACCAUAGCGUUUGUGUGUGUGUGUGUGUGGGGGGGGGGGGGGGGUCAUUUCUCAAAGUCGACAUCCUUUCGCAAGACCUAAAACUUGUCAAACGCAGUUCAUACAGUACAUAUAAUUUAGAGGGUGUUCUACCAAGUUGCAUCUAGUAAAGGCAGCACUUGAACCGUGAAAAUAACAUAUUUGCUUUAAAAAUGGACAUACUACUGAUGGGAUAAAGCUAGUGGUGAGAGGCCACAAACUCAUGUUAUCUAUUUAUAAAGAUUCCUAUUUCUGAGUGUUAUCCUGUAAACUACGUCAUGCUCGAUUUAGGCUUUAAUGCUCCAAUGAGUGAAGGGAUGACAGAUGAUGUUUCAAUGAAAGGACAGCAGCGCUUUCGGACCGUCUAUGGAAUGUCACAUUUACGGCUGCCUUAUAUUUGGGGUCGUACUCCCAAGAGCCAGAGGCCCGCUUGAUAUGUGCUGAUGAUCGAGGCAAAUGACAGUUCACGCUGCCUCCAAAGCGCAGUAAGGUCUGCAAAGGAUACGGCAAGAUGUGCAUCUUUCGAAACUGGAACUGGAUAGCAUUGGGUAAAAGGCAGAAAUGAAAAUGAGGUAGAAACCAGCAUUAGUACCACGAUAAUGGGAAUGUACUUUGCUUAGUCUGACGCAUCAGGCAAACGUCACCUUCAGUUCUCCAAUGCUUUUUUUGUAAUCCAUCCCUCUAGUGCAUGUGCUGUAUUUGCUUUUGGGCGAAAAUGAAAAACAUACAUGCAUAAAUAAAGGACUCAGUAUGGUUCA